CAUGAUGGGGCAUUACUUGAAUGCAAAUUUUUUCAUAAGCCAAGGUAUCGUGACCACAACACAGGAGCAAAUGUUGGUGGAUCAACACCAUCACCACCCCCUAUUGUUGGAUCCACACCACCAGUCUAUCAAUCCACCCCUUCCCCCGUAAUUGCUUCUAAUGCAUCAACCCCUAUUGAACCUGUUGCAACAUCACCAUCUACACAUAUUCCAGGGACACAUUCAACUUCAGCAGUUAAUCAUAAUCAUGUGCAAGAUGAAGAGAAUGUACUGCAUUCAGAGGAGGAGGUGCCCUCAGUUGGUGAUCAUGCUGCAAGAGGAAGGUAUAAGGGACGCGUGUAUGGAGUUGGUCAUGUUGACUCUAGUGAUGAUUGUGUUGAAAGUUAUCUACAACAGACAGAAGUGUGCUCCAGUCAGAAAGCUGAUUCACAUAACAUUAGUCAACUGACACAACGACUGGAAAGUAGUGAGCAACGAUUGGAAAGUAGUGAGGAAAAGAUUCGUAUGAUGAGCUCCCAGUUUGAGUCCAUCCAGGCAUUCAUUGGCGUAGUCCUUCAAUACUUACCACCUCCAGCAGUAGCGGCAGCACAAAACAUUUUGCAACAACUAAUUAAUCAAGACAAUGGAGAUCAAGAGAAGGUUGCAGAACCAAAUACCGAACAACAAAAUCAAGAUCAACAGAAGGAUGCAGAUGAUGAUUAUAUGGAUUAUUAG